UCAAAACCAUGGUGAAAAUAAUAACUGUUUUGAGAAGUUAAAAUAGAAAAAUGAAAUUUAGUAGGUAUAAGAUGCCAAAAAUACUUUGUAGGCUAAUUUUAAAAUCCUAAAAAUUAGUCGAAAAUAAAAAUGAAGAAUGAAGAUUAAAGAAAAGACAUGAGUAUUAGGUGGUGAGUAACGUUUACUAAUAUUUCGGAUGACCACAUGACCAUUUCCAGAGAUUAGCCAUGAAUUUCUGUUUGUUCCUGAAAUAUUGAUGAACCCACCACAAAAAAGCAGGGUAGGAGACAAAUAAGCCAUUUUUCCUCUCAGCCUUUUUUUGCUUCUAGUUAUUGUGUGUUUGUGAGACACAAACUUUUAUUUCCUUUUUCAAUUUCACCAAUCCCUUCAAAAUAUUUUGACAUUAAUUGUUGCCUUACGUAACAUAUCUUGGUUGGCAUUUGUUGGGUGUGGGGCUUUGGUGACUGUUGAUGAGUUAACGAGGUUCCCUGUUGGAGCUGUUUCAAGUUCCAAGAAGAUGGGGUUCGAUGAAAACAAGGAAACUGGAGAGAAUAGUGACGCAACGGAUCAUGUACAUGAAGAAAAUUCAAAGAGUGAUGGUGAGCCAUUGAGCAGGCAAGUGAGUGAGUCUUCUGUCUAUGCAACUGAGGAGGAAGAGGAUGAACUUGGAUCCAAAAUACAACUUGGUCCUCAGUGCACUCUUAAAGAGCACCUUGAGAAAGAUAAGGAUGAUGAGAGUUUGAGGAGAUGGAAGGAACAACUCCUUGGAAGUGUGGAUGUGAACAAUGUUGCAGAAAUUCUGGAGCCUGAAGUGAAAAUUACCUGUCUGUCUAUCGUCUCUCCUGAUAGAAACGACAUUGUUCUUCCCAUUCCUGAAAAUGGGAAUCCAAAGGGUUUAUGGUUCACUCUUAAAGAAGGUAGUCAUUACCACUUGAAAUUCACCUUCCAAGUCAACAAUAAUAUUGUGUCUGGCUUGAAAUACACCAACACUGUUUGGAAGACUGGUGUGAAGGUGGAUAGCUCAAAAGAGAUGCUUGGAACUUUUAGCCCUCAGGCAGAGCCUUACACACAUGAGAUGCCAGAAGAAACCACACCUUCUGGCCUAUUUGCAAGAGGAACAUAUUCUGCAAGAUCAAAGUUUCUUGAUGAUGACAACAAAUGCUACUUGGAGAUCAACUACACUUUUGAUAUUAAGAAGGAAUGGGCUUGAACAUUGAUGCCAAUAUCUACCCAAUUUGCAUUUGCAACAGUAACUCUUCUUCGUUUAGUCUAAUAUAUUUAAACUUUUAUUUCAAUGACUUGACAAGUUCAGAUAUAUGUUAGGUACUUUAAUUCGGCUUGUACUAAAAUAUUUUUCAGAGGCAAAGAUGAUUCUUUUGUAAUUUUCCUAAUAAAAGUGCCCUACUUGUCUCUUUUUUAAUUUUUAUAACUCUCCUUAGCUUCACUACUUUUGCUAAUCUAAAUCUGAGGCAUGAUUUUUUUACUUAGCAGUCAUGUUGAUUGAGUCUUGAAUGUAAUUUGAAGCAAAGUCAUGGUAUGUGGGCUUUUCAACCAAUGAGGAGUGAAAUGGAAGAUACAUACAUAGAUUCUUUUUUGGAAUGAGAAAUUUUUUUUUUC